GGCCUGGGCUUCAGCCCCCCCGCGCACUCCCGUAGUGACUGGAUCGGCCCCCCGGACAGGCACUCCAACCUGCGCCCCAUCAUCUUCUACGUGCCCCCCGAGGAGUCGCCCCUGGAGCGGCGGCUGCGGGAGGCGCGGCAGGAGGCCCAGGCCUGCGACCAGCGCUUCUGGGCACACCACAACUGCGCCUUCCGCCAGGAAAAAGAAGAAUUUAUUUAUUCAAGACUGAAAGCCAAGGGUCUGGAAAUGAGAGAUGAAACAGGUCAAAAAGUAACGUUGAGUGCAGAAGAGAUGGCGGAGUUUUACAAGGACUUUCUGAGUAAGAAUUUUAGAAAGCAUGUGCAGUAUAACAGAGAUUGGUAUAAACGUAACUUUACGAUCACGUUCCUCAUGGGACAAGUGGCGCUGGCGAGAGCUCUGAGGUGGCUUCGUUGGAAAAAGAAAGAUGUUGGAAGUCGGUGA